AUGUUGCUGCAGCCAGCUCACAUCAACCCAGUGACGGCUCUUGUCCUCCUUGCGCUCGCCGCAGUUGUAAGAGCGGGAAACAUCUACGGCGGCGGUCAGCAAUAUGGUUUUCAAGGCGCAGGUUUCCAAGGUCCACUUUACGCGGCGGCUGCUACUCCUGGUUUCUCCGCUGCUGGUUCCUCCUACCCUCCCCAACCGUACAGCUUCGGCUAUGACAGUACCGAUGAGUUUGGAACCCAGCUAUUUCACAAGGAACAAGGCGAUGCCAGCAACGCAAAGACGGGUUCGUACGGCUACCGGGAUGCCAGCGGCCUGUUCCGCACGGUGAAAUACGUGGCCGAUGCCAACGGGUUUCGUGCCACUGUGGACACCAAUGAGCCCGGCACUGCUCCUGGAGCCAGCGCAGACGCCGUGUUCAACGCUAAUCCUGUUGCGGCACCCGUCGGGGAUGGUGGUCGCAACGCGGGAGCCGGUGGUCCCUGGGCUGGCUAG